CAGCUGAUGGAUGGUACAAGUUGCUCACUCAGGAGGAAGGUGAAUUCUACAAUGUUCCCGUACCUGAUGAGGCAGCUGACUUGGCACAGAUCAAGAGUCAAAUGAGGAAAACAUCCAUUACAAAGAAAAUUCCAGUGGCAACAGACCGUGAUAUUCCACACAAUAUGAGCAAGAAGGACAUGAUUCGUGCAACAGAUUUCAACUUCCUGAUGGUCCUAGGCAAGGGCUCCUUUGGCAAAGUGAUGCUGGCCGAACGCAAGGGAACGGAUGAGUUGUAUGCCAUUAAAAUACUCAAGAAGGACAUUAUUAUUCAGGACGACGACGUUGAGUGCACGAUGGUGGAGAAGAGAGUCUUGGCUCUGUCCAGCAAACCCCCCUUCCUCGUACAGCUACAUUCCUGCUUCCAAACUAUGGACCGUCUCUACUUUGUGAUGGAAUUCGUAAAUGGUGGUGAUCUCAUGUUCCAAAUUCAGCAAUGCGGAAAAUUCAAGGAACCCGUAGCAGUAUUCUAUGCAUCUGAGAUAGCAAUUGGUCUUUUCUUCCUCCACUCUCGUGGCAUAAUCUAUCGUGAUCUAAAGCUGGAUAAUGUUCUCCUGGAUGCCGAUGGACAUAUCAAGAUUGCUGACUUUGGCAUGUGCAAAGAGAAUAUUUCCUACGAUAAAACAACCAAGACAUUCUGCGGCACUCCUGACUACAUUGCACCAGAGAUUAUCCUCUAUCAGCCCUAUGGGAAGUCAGUGGAUUGGUGGGCGUACGGGGUGUUGCUGUAUGAGAUGCUCGUGGGGCAGCCACCGUUUGACGGGGAGGACGAAGAGGAGCUCUUUGCGGCCAUUACGGAUCACAAUGUGUCAUACCCGAAGAGCCUUAGCAAGGAGGCGAAGGAUGUGUGCAAGGGCUUCUUAACAAAGAACCCCCAGAAGCGACUCGGGUGCGGGGCCCGUGGUGAAGAGGACGUCCGUGGUCAUUCAUUCUUUAGGCGCAUUGAUUGGGACAAGAUUGAGAAUCGAGAAGUUCAGCCACCGUUCAAACCUAAAAUUAAACACCGCAAGGAUGUGUCCAAUUUCGAUCGGCAAUUCACAUCGGAGAAGACAGAUCUCACCCCAACUGAUAAGCUAUUCAUGAUGAAUUUGGAUCAAACCGAAUUUAUGGGAUUCUCCUAUUUAAAUCCGGAAUUUGUGCAACACAUCUAAAGGAAAUUUCGAGGAUGUUGUGCAGAUGCCAAAAAAGUGCGUACGAAGGGAACUUUCUUCGACAUUUCUUACCGUCUUGAUGCCAUUUUUUACAGCUAAUCUCACGACAUUUUAAUCAAUUCUUGUGAUUUAUCGGAACCAAUCAAUGUUUAAUGAGCGCCACCCCCUCUGCCCGCUUGAGAUACAAAAGGCACGUUUGACAGAGAAACGUUAGUGCUUUUAAAUUUAGCGUGAUUAAGGGAGAGAAGUCUCUAUAAUUUCCUUCUAUUAACUCCCUUUAAUGAAAAACUAAAAAAAAAAAGAAUUCCUUCGCAUCGAGACCACUUUUGUGAUGCAAAAAAAAAGAUUAUUUUGAAUGUUGCUCACAUUCCCCACAUUUUGCAUUAUCUCCAUCUACGUUGGGCACAUCGCUAUAGAGAUCCUUUCAGGAUACUUUUUUGCUUCCAUUUUGCACUGUGGGGAAGUUGUAUGAAAGGCAACAUUCACUAUUAAAAUGGAUAUUAGAUCCUCUCAAUAGUUGGAUGCAAAAUUGCUAAAAUGUGCAUCCAGACUUCUCACAUUCACUACGAAUGAAAAAAUAUUUACAUGAAGUAGAAAGAACAAAAUAGGAGCUUCUACAAGGGGAAAGCAUUGAUGUGACGUGGUGUACAAUGAAAAAUUUUAUUUCAUAAAUUCAAAAGAUUUUUUAAAGCCUUUAAUGUCCACAUAAAACCAUAAAACAUUCGAUCUUUUCAUCGCUAUUAUUUAUUCUAUUGAUGCUCUAAGAGGACAUUUCUCAGAAAAAAACGCCUUUUUGGCCUUUACUAUGUGAAUUUAAUGAAUUUACAAUUUAAAAAAAACAAUUAAAUUCAUUAAAAUUCUGAAAAAUAUAACUUCACGUGUGAAUCAACGCAUGAAAAAAUGUGAUCCAAAGAACGUGAAAGGGUUAAAGCGAAUUUAUUCUGUGAAAAAUUCUGCAUCAAUAUGUGUAGGGAAAUAACAUUUACCUACCUACUUUUACUUCAUGGAAAGAAAAUUAGAAUAAACCGAAAAAACCUUUUGUUUUUGAAAGAAAAUUAAGACCAAAGUUUAAGGUUAGGAAUAAUGGAUCCUCCAAGCGGUUCAUCAGUUAAUUGGUUAAGUGGAUUAAGGAUUAGCCAUUUGAUCAGCCUAAUCGAUUAAUCGAACACAUGUUCUAAGUAAUAGGCAGAAAUAAAGUUAUGGAAAUUUGAAAAAAUCCAAAAUGGCGUCGAAAAGUCAUAAUUUUCCCAACCUAACGCGUAAGAAGCGAAGAACAUAACCUCAUAUUUAAAAAAAAUAUGUUUUCACAAAAUUUACAUUAAAAGCAGAGUUUAGGAACUCUUUACGGGGAAUUUUGAAAUCUUUAAAUUCAAAAUUGUCUUUCGAUGUCAGAUUUUGUGAAAAUUUCGAAAAAUUUCUGGAAAAUUUUGGGUUAAUAAUUUAAAUUAAUAAAUGUAUUUUUAUCGAAAUCUUGAUAUUAAAAUAUUAUCGAUAUUAGAAAUAAAAAUAAAUAACGAUUAUAUCUUAUUCUAUUUCGUUAUUCAAAUAUUCUCUUAACUAUUCAAAUUUUUUUAUCUACAAAAACCUUUUUUAAAAAAUCUGCGCAAAAGACGUAAACAUUGCAAUGUACACCACCUUGCGCAAUGCAUUCCCCUUGAAAGAAAAGAGCUAAAAUAAUAAAUAAGAAAAAUCAUAAAGUCUGUCACAAGAAUUUCAGUCAAGUAGUGGAGGUUAUAUACUUUUCUAAUCUGUACUAACUGCCAUUUAGAACGUAAAUGUAUUUUUAACUAUUUUUACCUGUCAAAAAUGAUGCUAUAAUUACAUUUUUCUAGAUUUAUCUUUUCAGAAAACUUUCUCUUAAAAUUCUUUUUUAUAAAAUAUUUUUUUUAGAUUGAAAUAUCUUCAAUUAGAGAGAAUAAUAUUUCCCCUAAUACGAGAAUAAAAGUCCUUUUGAAUUAUUUUUUUUUUAAUUUUGAGGAUUAUAUUUAAAUCAAAAUAUCCCACCGUAAAGCCUGGCACAUAAAACACUUUGUAACGUGCACAAAUUUGAAAUUUUUUUGUUAUGGGAGAAAUAACGCAUAAUUCGAAAAGUCUCCAAAACCCAAACUACACUGAUGAUCUUUUAUGUGUAUGUGUUCCGUGUGGGUCGGGGUGGGACAAGUUAAUAUGUUCUUUCUUCCCGACAGAGAGAAAAUUCAGUACGCUUUAGGAGUUCCUCAGAGACGGACGCAUUCCGGAUGCGAGCCGGAAUUAGUGGCCACAGAGCCUCAAUGAAGACAGUGAGGAUCAGUGGCAGCAGAUUGUGCCAAGUGUCCGCGAACGAGACGGAAUUCAGCGGCAGUGAACGCCUCCCUGGAUGUCAGGAAGGGCCCCUGAGUGCGCCCCACAGCGUCACCUUGUGGGUUAGAGGGCCUCCCGGAGGACGGUGUGUAGCUGAAGACCUUCCGGAUCAGCAAAUGGCCGUAGGGUUGUCAAUUGGCUCUACGUUGCCGGCCCAUGGGACAUUAGAAGAGUCGCCAAGAGCUCUUCGCGCUUUGCAUCUCAAGAACUCUGCAAAGUCGCCGGAAAGGAAUGGCUCCGCCACGGAGAAGCCACCAGUAGAGUUGCUUAUACGCUCUACCACAUCCUGUCCCGAAGGAAGCCACGAGAGCGCGUCAAUUAGCUCUCCUUCAUCCGCGUCAGGAGACGCAAGAAGAGUCGCAAUUUUGCUCUUCCCAAUGCUGUGGAAAAGAAGUGGGAAAAGGCAUCCCAUACAUGCAAUCAUCCCCGUCUGGAAGAUCGUGAUGAAAUGGCGCCCAACCAGCGGUGGAACCAGGUAAGUACCCAAUUUGAGUCUCAUGCCCCUGGUAGCUACCGACACUUAAAAUGUUAGUGAAAAACCUUUGUGUUUCGAUGCAAUUUUGCAUUUUAUAUCAAUUUAAUGACAAAGUUCCCCUUGAGUGAAAUGAAAUUUCCAGCGAUUUUGGGCUCUUCUAGCCGCCUUGCUGGAAAGAAAACUCGCGUUAAAGAAUUUUUCUUUUUUUUCCGUUUUUUUUUCUUUUCUUUGAAAAGAAAUGGUUUUGGAUUUAAAAUCCAAAAAUUUUUGUUUAAGGUAAAUUAGCCAUGCGAGUUGGUAUUUAAAAUAAUUUAAAAAUUUAUACAGAGCCCUUCUGGGGACGAAUGAGGGAUAUUCUGUGGCAAAUAUUCCUCCCCCAGAAUCUCUGAUUGAUUUGCACGAACAGGACGAAUGAAGAGAUUGGAUCAUUAUCCUUUUGAAAGGUCUCUUCCCUGUAACGGCAACAGAUUGAAUUAGAAUUUUUAAAGAUCUUUAAGUUUAAAAUUUAUUUUUGCUUUCUACAAGUUUUAUCAACUUUCAGUUGAUUUUCAUCGCAAAGUAGGGACUUAUUUGUUCUGUGUGUUUGUGAAUUUUGAAACUUAAUGAGUUGAUAAGAUCAUCAGCGUUUUCCUUUAGACAAAUCUUAUAAGGAAAAUGACGGGAAAUUUAAGAUUCUCGCAAUUAUGGGUAAAAUUCUGAUAUGGAGAAAUCUUUGACUUUCUUUUAACCUUGUGGAGCCAUGACUUUGCUCCACGGUCAAAGUGCGUUCGCUUAUCACAUAGCGGUGAUCUCUCGUGAUAAGAGUUGAGAGAUAAAGUAAAGCUUUAUCCCCCUAAAAAUUUUGGGGAUUCUUUUGUGGCAACUCCCUUUGAAAUUUUUUUUUGAAGAAAUGAUUUUUAAAAGUUUACCGGUGCAUAAUUUUAAAUCUUUUCUUUAAUUGUGCGCUGAUGGGGAAUAUUAUUUCUUUUCAAAUUUGGAACCUUUUCAUUCGCUAUCAUUCCCCUUGAACUUUGAUUUAUUGAAUUUUAUUUCAAAUUAAUUUGUUCAAGCGUUUCCUCAUUUUGCCAUGGAGCGUGGGGCAUGCGCUGUGGGCUUAUCGGACGCAGGUGCCCUUUGAUUUUCUGAUCCUCGUAUCUUGCUUAGGCAAUCGAUUAAGCGGGUUGAACAGAAUUUGCUGGAACAUGGGUGUCCGCUUUUCUCGCGGGCUGCGUCCUGCGGGCAAUGAUGAGAUGAGGAAAAUUAUUUUGCUCUUUUUGGAUUUAAUUAUUUCCGGGUUAAUGAUAUAAAACUUUUUGAAUUUUUAAAUUUUGAAAUAUACAGUAAUUUAUUACAAUAGUCGUGCUCUUUUGCGGAUUUUAUUGAACUUUAUAAUUCGCACUUGAAAGUUUGCACUUUAGAUGCAAUCAAAUUAUUAAUUAUUCUGCUAAAUAAUUCAUUCUUUUCUCCAAUAUUAACUAAAUGGCAUGGCAGAUGGUACACGGUUCGGUAUAUGGCGCCCAAAUUUGAUUUUUUUUUAUUUUUUUGUAUCGAGAUUUCCCUGAUGGAGUUCUCUGAUUGAAGUUUGUGAUUGAAGUUUUCCCGAUCACCAUUUCUUGAUUUAAAAUUUCUUUAUUAAAUUUUCAAUUUAUAUUUUAUUAAUUCUUGCGUUUUCCUGAUCCCUGCAUCGGGCGUUGAGCAUGCGAUGUGAGCCGACUCAGGAUGGGCGCCCGUUUAUUUUCCGAUCCUCGUAUCUUGCCUAGCAAUUGAUUAAGCGGGUUGAGCGGAAUUUGGCGGAUCGCUUAUCGUAAACUCUGUCCUUGCGUUAGCGUUUGACGAACGGUGAUGGGGUUAUGGAAAAUUUGCGCUUUCCAUUUGAUAAGGAUGUUUUUGGAACAGCUUGCAUUGCUGGUUGGAAUUUAAGGGAGAGAAUUGCUUUGAUUUAAUUUAAACCUUCUGAUUAGGUAGUACAAACAUCCUUGGAAAGCUUUCUUGUUAAAGCGUUAGAUUUUCUAUCCGGGGAUGGAGGUCUCCUCAGUGGUUCUUCGGCGUAUGUUUUUCACGAGACCUCCUGUUUCUUUUCCCCGUUGUGAAGUGGCGCCUCCUUCCACGGGAUUCCCAGCUUUAGUCUGGUUUAUCCGGUUCGGAUGUGAGUCCUUCCCUUUGGAAGAACUCGCCGGAAAAAUUUUGGGAUUCGUCCCGAAGUUUCGCCGUGGAUUCUGGUUUGAGGAGAUGUGUACCUUCUCCCAGAUCCAUCCGACUCCAUUGAGAUGUGAGACCGUUGGUGGUUUCUUUCCUCGCACUUUCUGUGUGAGGAUCUCAAUGAAUCUUGAUUAGCUUUUGCCUCGAUGCCUCUCGUGAGAACAAUUAAUACUCUAAAUGGGUGAUUCUCUUUGAUAAUUCGUUGGGAACGUCUGGUCGGUUCGAGAUCCUCCACUUUCUUUUCUUUUUAUUUAUCUCGUUUGAAAUUCAUCGCCAACCUCAGGGUUUAACUUUGUUGACCCUUGCAUUCUCUUUCCUUUCCUUUAUAUUUCCAAUCAUCCAAUAUCACCAUAAAACCAGGAUCUGAAUUUAUUCAGAGAUGGGUUAAUGCCCUUUUAUACAAGUUUUGCAUGGAGAGAAGUAAAUUAAAGCAUGUUCCUCUGGAACUAGGUUUUAACUGUCUUUUCUUACUCUCUCCUUAUUUAUUCAUUUUGAUCAAACCGGAAGGAAGGUAUUAUAUUGCUAAAUCAAAAAUUUAUUAUUGUUGAUUCCUCAAUAGUUGCAGUAUGAGGAGAGAUUGCAUGAGCACCUCUAGGGUUGGUCCCUAAAAAUGGUUGUUCAGCCUUGGGGCAUCCUUGAUGAGAGUCACGUUUUAAAAUUUGUCAGAGUCGUAUCAUGCCUUAUUUGGCAAGAGCUCUUUCGGAUGGCAUUCGUUGAUUCGUAAUCGGAGAUGUUUGUUCCUCGAAUUCUUUCCCCUGCACUUGGCAGAAUCCAAUUGAUUCCAUCCUUCCCAAUCCUAUGAAAUUCAUGCACAAGAUGCAUAGGACCCAUCCCACCUAACUAUUAGAGUCAAUACUCCUUUCGCAUUCUCGUCUAGUCCGCGGAAAAAAAAAUCACAUGAAAUAAAAGAAAGAUUCCUUCCUCUUGUUGCCAUGCGACCACCUCCAAUGGUAGGGCAGAAAAGUGUCAUCUGGACCCAUACUUAUUCUCGUGGGCACAUGGAUGAAUCACAGGAAAGCGAGGACGGCGUACCUCCAAGGUUGUCUCCUUCUUUUCAUGGGUGCUCUCUGACGGUGACCUCGAGGCAAGGAAUCGUCGAAAAUUGAAGAGUGGUGGAGGAGUUGAGCGGCGAAAGAGAAGAGAGAAAGGCAAAACAGGAGUCAGAUUGACAAAGAGCCCAAUGAAAGGGGUGGUCCUUUACACCAACCUGGGAUAACUCUGCAUAUGAGCCUUUUGCUCAAAUGGUGGCGGCGACUGAGUUCACAUCCACCCAGUACGCAAUCUCACGGAUGGAGCCGAGGCCCUGAAAAGCCAAAUCUUCAUCGAAGGUUCACCCCGUUCGUGCCCAUGUCCUAAAUUCCACCCCAUCUACGUUUUUUUUUUAGAGAAUGAGAGAAAAGUAAUUCGGGGCCUCCGGGUGCGCUGGAGAUUGGAGGAAUAAAGAAUAGGGUAGGGGGGCCGGUGAAAUGCCGAGGGGAGGUGAGCUCAGUAAAGAGAGAGAGGAGAGAGAGAAGGAGAAGAAGAGAGAAGAAGAGAGAAGGAGGAGAAGAGAGAAGGAGGAGAAGAGAGAAGGAGGAGGAGAGAGAGAAGGAGAAACGGCGUAGAGGAUUCUUUGCCUAGAGACCAUCUGAUGAGAUGCUCCUGUGGGGAGUUGGUGUCGGCUAAGAAGGGACAAUGGACGAGUGGACUUGUGUGAAAUCUUAAGGUUCUCGGGAGACUUAUGGAGCGAGGAGCCAACGAGAGAUGCCAGCAGUGGUUAACGCAGUUAGGAUCUUUCGCCCCCAAAUCCGUUGUCCAAGGCUCGCGUUAUGCAAAGCACGUGAGUCAAUGUCUUACGAGUUUGCGAAGGGAUCAGAGAGAAGAGGAGAUAAAUUUAAAGUCCAUCUCACCUUUCCCCACACAAACAGUUCCGCGUUGCUAAUAGCAAAUGCUGGUAAGGAGAGAGUGACCAUCAGUUUGAAGAAAGCCCAAGAAGCUUUAUUAAGAAUCGCACCGCCUUCCUUCCAAUCUUAAUUCUCUCAAGGAAAACAUUUUUCUCUCCUUCACUUUCGUGACUCUCGUAAUAAUUUAGGAUCUUUAAGCUAAAUUAGAUCCACAAGUUGAAGGAGAUGUUGAUCAGUAAUUUUAUUUUCAUUUCAUUUUUUUUUGAGUCUGAUAAACCUGGAGAGGGAGACUGUGGGUUUUGAAGAAGAAGGGCAAUUAGAACAAAGAUAUCCUUUGUCAUUCCUUGAUUUCCCUUCCAAUUCCUUUCCUUGCCUUUUUCCACCUCGAAACCUUUUCUAAAGGGCGUGAGAUUCACUCGAGGGUUUGGAGGAGCGGGAUAUAUAAUCCCCAUAGUUUUCACCUCUUCUAGGUGCGAUCAGCUCGUUUUCCCUUUAAUUUAUUUUAUUAAAAUUCCGAGGUAUUCUAAUGGAUAAUUAAUUAUUAAAGUUCUUUUCCUCUUAUAAAUUUAUGCCGAACGUGGAAGGUACCCAAAACCAACCAUUCUAGCCAUCGCCAAUGUUUUCUUUUCUUAAAUAGUUACAUCACUUCCUUUCUUAGAGUAACUUAGAACUCUUUUCUUUUUUUUUCUCCUUUUUGUUUUCUUUUGCAACAAAGGGGUGAUGUAACGUGCACAAAUUUGAAAUUUUUUUGUUAUGGGAGAAAUAACGCAUAAUUCGAAAAGUCUCCAAAACCCAAACUACACUGAUGAUCUUUUAUGUGUAUGUGUUCCGUGUGGGUCGGGGUGGGACAAGUUAAUAUGUUCUUUCUUCCCGACAGAGAGAAAAUUCAGUACGCUUUAGGAGUUCCUCAGAGACGGACGCAUUCCGGAUGCGAGCCGGAAUUAGUGGCCACAGAGCCUCAAUGAAGACAGUGAGGAUCAGUGGCAGCAGAUUGUGCCAAGUGUCCGCGAACGAGACGGAAUUCAGCGGCAGUGAACGCCUCCCUGGAUGUCAGGAAGGGCCCCUGAGUGCGCCCCACAGCGUCACCUUGUGGGUUAGAGGGCCUCCCGGAGGACGGUGUGUAGCUGAAGACCUUCCGGAUCAGCAAAUGGCCGUAGGGUUGUCAAUUGGCUCUACGUUGCCGGCCCAUGGGACAUUAGAAGAGUCGCCAAGAGCUCUUCGCGCUUUGCAUCUCAAGAACUCUGCAAAGUCGCCGGAAAGGAAUGGCUCCGCCACGGAGAAGCCACCAGUAGAGUUGCUUAUACGCUCUACCACAUCCUGUCCCGAAGGAAGCCACGAGAGCGCGUCAAUUAGCUCUCCUUCAUCCGCGUCAGGAGACGCAAGAAGAGUCGCAAUUUUGCUCUUCCCAAUGCUGUGGAAAAGAAGUGGGAAAAGGCAUCCCAUACAUGCAAUCAUCCCCGUCUGGAAGAUCGUGAUGGAACGACGAGAGACGCAGAAUUCUCCAGCAUCAAGCCACCUUCGUGAAGAAGCAACGAUGGGAAUAGAAAGACGCCGAGAGACGCCGUCGCUGGGAGAUAUGCUGUAAAGAAGAACCCCUGUACUCCUGAAAUGGUCGAAUAAACCCUGGAAUGCCAGGAAUGAACCUUA